CGGAGCUGCAGGCUGCCCGGAGCCGACGGCGCGGCUGCCUGAAAGCACAGGCGCCGUGGCCAGAGGACAGAAGUGAGGCGGCGGCUACGCCCCGCAUCAUGGAGGGCAGCGCAGCCCCAGCCGCAGUCCGGGUGGACACCGACCUGCGCCGCCGCCCGCGCCCCGUCCGCCAGCUCCCGCUGCUGCUCUCCGGGCGCCGUCCUCUCCUAACCUCGAAGCCAACAUGAAGGAGACCCGGGGCGACGGGAGCGCCCCUUUCUGCACACGCCUCAACCACUCGUACCCGGGCAUGUGGGCGCCCGAGCGCUCGGCCGCUGCGCGGGGCAACCUCACGCGUCCCCGCGACCCCGGAGACGACUGCGGCUCGGUGUCCGUAGCCUUCCCGAUCACCAUGCUCAUCACCGGCUUCGUGGGCAACGCGCUGGCCAUGCUGCUCGUGUCGCGGAGCUACCGGCGCCGGGAGAGCAAGCGCAAGAAGUCGUUCCUGCUGUGCAUCGGCUGGCUGGCGCUCACAGACCUGGUCGGGCAGCUGCUCACCAGCCCGGUGGUCAUCGUCGUGUACCUGUCCAAGCAGCGCUGGGAGCAGCUCGACCCGUCGGGGAGGCUGUGCACCUUCUUCGGUCUGACCAUGACUGUCUUUGGGCUCUCCUCGCUCUUCAUCGCCAGCGCCAUGGCCGUCGAGAGGGCGCUGGCCAUCCGGGCGCCGCACUGGUACGCGAGCCACAUGAAGACGCGCGCCACCCGCGCCGUGCUGCUGGGCGUGUGGCUCGCGGUGCUAGCCUUCGCGCUGUUGCCGGUGCUGGGCGUGGGCCAGUACACUAUCCAGUGGCCCGGGACAUGGUGCUUCAUUAGCACCGGGGGUGGGGGCAACGGGACCAGCUCUUCGCACAACUGGGGCAACCUCUUCUUCGCCUCCACCUUUGCCUUCCUGGGGCUCUCGGCGCUGGCCGUCACCUUCGCCUGCAACCUGGCCACCAUCAAGGCCCUGGUGUCCCGCUGCCGGGCCAAGGCCACGGCGUCGCAGUCCGGGGCCCAGUGGGGUCGGAUCACCACCGAGACGGCCAUCCAGCUCAUGGGGAUCAUGUGUGUGCUCUCUGUCUGCUGGUCGCCCUUGCUGAUAAUGAUGUUGAAAAUGAUCUUCAAUCAGACAUCAGUUGAGCACUGCAAGACACACACUGAAAAGCUGAAAGAAUGCAACUUCUUCUUAAUAGCGGUUCGCCUGGCAUCACUGAACCAGAUCUUGGAUCCCUGGGUUUAUCUGCUGCUAAGAAAGAUCCUUCUUCGAAAGUUUUGCCAGAUCAGGCACCACACAAACAACUAUGCAUCCAGCUCCACCUCCUUACCCAACCAGUGCUCCUCAACCCUGAUGUGGAGUGACCAGUUGGAAAGGAGGAAUAUUUUGGAGAUUAAAAAUCAACCUUGCUGCCAAGAUCACGUCGCUGGAAGUUUCUCAACUUUCUUUCUUUUAAGGAAAGAAAAUAUCACAGAAAAACCACACCUCCCAACCAAUUCUUUUUCACUUUCUCCCCUAUGCCCACCCCUAACUGUAAUCCCAUCCAGAAGUUGGCAUGCCCUAUUCCCAUGCAUGUUUUUUUCAGUUUUACUGUAUGUAUAUGCAUCCAUUAAAUUUAUAUCCUGUUUUGUGAGUUUAUAAUAUUUACAUAUAUGUUUUCAGAUUAUAUGUAUGAUUUGCUACUUGGUUUUCUUCACUCAAAAUUGUAUUUCAUAAAAUUUAUCCAUAUUGAACAUGAAGCUCUAAAUCAUUAAUUUUAACUGCUGUAGAGUGUUCCAUAGUUUGAAGAAAAGCAUUAUUUGUCAGUUCCCUGAUAAGAAAAAAAUUAGUCUUUCAUUAUAAUAGGCAGCUCUCUUAAAAAAAAAAAGGAAAGAAAAAAUUACCAGUGAACAUGUUAGCUUGUGCACAUCAUCAUGAGUUUUGGAAGUGCUAGGUCAAAGGGCAUAAGCAUCUUCUUAUGUUCACAUGUAUAAGAACUUCUUCCACGUGUAUCUAAACUGAAAUUUGUGAUGUUUUAACUUCUUACAUCCUUGUAGGUGUGAAAUGGUAUCUCAUUGUUUAUUUUACAUUUUCCUGAUUAAAACGUAAGGUAGAGAAUCUUUCUUAUAUAUAAUUUGGUUUUCUUCUGAGACUUGCCUGUUUAUGAAAUUUCUUCCGGGUUAUAUGUCAAUUUCUUAUUGAUUUGCAAGGGUCUUCUGGAUAAUAACCCUUUUUUGGUAUUUAUUAAAUACAGUGGAUUUUCUUAACAUCUACUGUAAAUCUUCUCUCUCUCUCAUUUUUUUCUAUUUCUAUCUCUACCUCUACCACUGUCUCUAUUUCAGCAACCCUUUCUCUCUCUACAGCCCAGACUUUGUCCAUGAAAACAUUUUGGGAAACAGGCAGCAUACUAAUCUUUUCAUUUUCCCAAAUCUUUCUCCAAAACCAUGACCACCACUUAAAUUUCUUUCUGGAACAUCCUUUCUUUCUGAAGCAUUGACACUCAGUAACCAGAUAUUAAGAAUAGAAGAAUUCUACCUUUACAGACAACCUGUUUGUCAGUUAGAAUCAUAUUCUGUAUAUUAGUUUAAGUUCAACCGGUGCUUUUCCUUUUUCCUGAAUGUCUCUUGUUACCCUUUUCCUUAUUCUGGACCUUUUCUAUUCCAUGUAUUUACUAGAAUUUUGAAAGUCUGGUGAGUGCAGUAAGCAAAAUAUUACUUGUGUGGUUGGUGUGAAUAUGGAUAAUAAGAAAAAGAAAUUCAAAUUCCUUUAUAAACAUAAACCAUGCAUUGUUAUGAGAAUUUGGUAGUAUGGCAAAAUAAAAGUUGAGGUGAUAAUGUC